AUGUUAAUGAAAGCAUGAUUAAUUGGUGGAUAUUUAUUAAGUUCGUUGAAUAAUUUUGAUUUACGUUUUUGUGUAAAUACUGGUGAAGAUGAGUUAUGUGCAUUUGUAUUGACAAUAAUUAAAAGUAAAAAAUAUGAUAAACUUAUUCAAUCAACAUGGAUUACCCAACUACAUCAGAAAUAUCCAAAUGUUGAUCAAAAGUUUUUUGAACUAAAUGAAUGUCAUCCAUGGAUUUAUGAUCGAUAUUCUGUUCGUAUACAAUUAUUUAUUGAUUUAAUUAUUAGAAACUGA